AUGACGAGCCAGUUCCUAGUGUGGAACGCACAGGGUGUGGCGAAUGCCCGCACCAAGAGACAUCUGAGAUAUUUGAUCCGAGAACACAAGAUUUUGUUUGCUGCAGUGAUUGAACCACAGAGGACACCGCCAGCUUUAGGCCGAAAUUUCCACGGCCUUCGGUUUGCAGGAUCUAAUGAAAGUGGUCACAUUUGGAUUCUUGCCCAUGAGGAUUGGACAGUGGAAGUGGUAGAUGACUCGAGACAGGCUUUACACGUUAAGGUUUCUGCUGCAAUCUUCCCCUUCCCGAUCUAUAUUACCAUUGUCUAUGGGAGACACAUGAAAGAGACGAGACAAGCACUUUGGGAAAAGCUGGGAGAUCUCUCGCUGGUCAUGGAGGGCAGACCGUGGCUAGUGGGUGGAGAUUUCAACAUGUUCCUGACCAAUGAAGAGAGACAUGGGAGUAAUACAGAUAGACACAGAGACAUGAUGGACUUUGCCGAUGCUAUUGCCGAGUGCCCGCUGAUAGACCUGGGUUUUGAUGGACUGAUAUUCACGUGGCACAGGGGGGCUUUGGGAAAGGUUGGACCGCAUCUUGAUUGGAGAGCACUGGACUUCAGUUUUUGCAACUACUCGAGUGACACACUUGGCGAGAUUUAG